ACGAUAUGUCAGAAAUGCAGAUAUAUUUCGUAAAGCUAUAAAUAAUCCGCUUCACCUUUGAUGAAUCCCAGCGGCAGGUGUUUGGUGUGGUGGCUUUACUUUCGUAAUUUUAAUUCUUUCACAUCAGUCGGACAAUAUACAUACAUAUGUGCUUAUAUUUUUAAUUCUGUUGAUUACCAAAUUUUUAAUUGCCCCAUGCUUCGAAAGAUGUUCGCCGUGGUAAGUUCCACAUGGAGCAUUGACUCUCAGCCACCCCAGUGUCACUGCUACCUGCCGCCAACACUGCCGGACUGUUGGGCCAAGGCCGACAAGCUAAUACAGGAAAACAUGAAGCUGGACAUCGACGAUGUCACCGACAGUGUGAUGAAGGUGAUGCGGAUCUGCGGGCUGCGUCCCUGGGAGGUGAAGCGGAGUGAGGAGGUAAUCCGUCGCUCCCUGACGCAUUACGAAGAGGUGCGAGAACGGAUCGAUCGGGUACCAAGAAAGCGCUUCUCCAAGGAGACCUUCCUGCACGGUCUGGCCAGCGAGGCCCAAAUGAACCGGAUGGACGCCCAGAUGGCCUACGCCAUUAUCAAGAGGGCCUUCAAGGCGUUAUACUAUGGGACGGGACAGGAUGGAAAGCGGUACCUCGCCCUGCAGGAAUUCUUGAUGCACAGCCAGGAGUGCCUCUGGCUUCAUGCCGCACGCCGCACGGCAGAAAUACAUGCCGUCCUCAACGGAAUGAUGCACUCCGAGGAGCAGCAGUUCGAGGAGCGCAUCGAGUGCGUCUACAAGAACCUGUUUGAUGUCUUGCAGACAAGAGUCGUCUUCGCGGACAACUGGGUCUGCAACUGCGACCCAGCACCGGAGGGCAAAUCGGUAUCCAAUGCUGUCUCUACGAUGACCGCCCAGAUGGAAGUACUCUUCCACAAGCAGAACUUGGAGCUCAGCACUGGCGCCUCCGCAAUGACAUACCAACGCCUGGAGACGAACCGGACGGCAGGCUCGGAAGACUCGCGCUAUAACUACUUCCUAAAAAGGGCCAAUAACAAAACAGAUCAAAAGCAGCCAGACAUUAGUGGUGAUGGCAGCGAUCUCAGCCAAACCAAGUGCAACUGCCCCCAUUUGCGCUGCUUUCGCGAGGAGGGUGAGACUCGGGAGGCGCCAGAAAUCACGGCGGAGUGUAGCCAGGGACCCUACAUAUGCCGCUGGCUGCCGUUCACCGAAGAAGACGACACCUUCGACGAGCACUGCGCUCCGUUCCCGCCCCUGGAGGAGGUGUGCCCACCCUGUGACCAGAAAGAGCUCUCCUGCGACGCGGAGUGUACCUGCACCUGUCAGGUGUGCAAGUGUCGGCCGUUCUAUGAGGGCGACGACGACAUCGGCGAGGAAGAGAACCUCGGCGAGAAGCAGUCCAAGAGCGGAGUGGAGGACUACGACACCGACUACUGCUGGCUGGCUCCGUUCCGAGGUAGCAGCAAGGAACGAUUGGACAGAAAGAAGAUGGCGGUCCAACCUGAGGAGGUACCGGUAAAGGAGGAGGCUGCUGAGGAGAAGGACGCCUUGUCCAAAUGUUGCUGCAUGUGCAAAUACAAGCGUGAUUUUCCUCACCUCUUCACUUACCUGGCACCCUUCAAGGAGGAACCAGAAAGGCAGCCACAGGCUCAGCCAUCUAAGCCAGAGCCAAUAAAAACGCAGCUGCCCCUUUUCAGUGAAAGUGAGGAUCUGCUUUCCAAGCCUCCACCACGAGGAGUCUCUCUGGCGGGCUAUCGCUGCUGGGUUAAGUCCAAGCCAUCGACAUCCUCUGAAUCACAGGAGGAAAGGGAUCCACUUGUGAUGGUUUGUAGCCAGGAACAAAAAGUAAAGGGAGGAUCAAAAGGUCCCGAAAUAAUUGUGACCACCAAAACGCAGCACCAUCCGAGCCCCGACAGUGCAGGAAACGCAGCUCCAGCAAAGCCUACAGCCAAUCCACCAGCCAAGGUGGCGCCUAAUCCAACCCCCUCUAAGAGCAACAAGCCGGCUCCAGCUCCCGCAAAGCCUCCAGUGGCUCCCAAACAACCUGAUCAGCCACAAGAGGAAGAUAAGCUUACCAAGGAAGACAUUUUAGAUAUCAUAGGCCUCAGGUUUAAAUAGUUCCUUAAAUAAAUCAGGUUCCGAAGUUAGAAGUCCAACCAUCAAUACAUAGA